CAGAAUAGACCCUGGGCACAAAGCUGUCCUUCAGGAAACAUUUUGAUCAGUGAGUGAGCAUUAUUAUUGCAUUACAUAAAUUCUUGAGCAAGUGUGUCCUUUUGCUUUCAAAUAAAUUGGACUCACGAGUCCGUGUAUAUAUGAAGUCCAGGGUAACUUUUAAGAUGAAUUUACAGCUUAUGGAAAGCAUCUCUCUGGGUGCUUAGCAUGAAUCAAGCUUCAUUUUAGCCUCCUUGUUGAAAGUCUGUAUCUAUUCCAAAGACAAAAAGAAAGGGACAAGAAAGAAAGAAGAAUGACAAGAGGAGGAGAGUAAUUGUUUCCUUUGCACUGGAAAUGUCAUGACCGCCACACCCCUCAUUGAUGACUUCACAGUGAGGUGAGGUAGCCAGGGCUCAGAUGCCCGCAGAAUCACCUCUCAUGAUUGCAGUGUGGCUUUGAAACUAUGCCUCAUCCAGGGUCUGCAGGGGAUUCUAUUACCUGGCCUUGACCAUCACCUCCCUUCCUCUCAGAUGAGCACUAGCCCACACUCAUGACUACUCUGUUCUGUCAAUCACCACUCCAGAUUUCCUUCAAUCAGGCCAGGGCUAGACUUUUCACAAGAGAAGGAAGGGUUUAUCGGAGCUUAUGGUCCCAGAGGAGUAAGUGUCCAUCAUGACAGCGAGGCAGAGCAGCAAGCAGCAGAGACAGCAGCUAGAGCCAAGUGCCGGGAGCUCACGCUGGGAGCCACAAGGACAAAGCAGAGAGAACAAAGUUUCCCACAGUACUGUGUCCCACACGGAUGAGCCCAGCCGGCCUGAUGAAACCUCCCGCCUUACAGUUCGCAUGGAAAACACAUACCAGUUAGGUCCCACGAAACAUUUUCCCGUGGCCACUGUCAAUCGUAUUUUGAAAGAUGUACUAACUGCCCAUCUACAAGAAGCAGAAUAUGACCCUGAAUUCUGCAGACAGAUGACUAAAACGAUUUCUGAGGUUAUUAAAGCCCGGGUCAAAGAGUUAAUGAUUCCCCGGUAUAAACUAAUUGUGACUGUUUACAUUGGACAACAAGAUGGUCAGAGCAUACUUAUUGGCAGCAGGUGCCUCUGGAAUCCUAAAAGUGACACCGUUUCAUCCUACACUUUCAGAAAUUCUACCCUCUUUGCACUUGCAAAUGUCUAUGCGGUUUACUUUGAGUAACUGAAAAUGAGAAGGACGGUCCUGGUAUCAUAAAAUCGUCGAACAGGCUGUGUCUCUCUAUUCACAAAAGUUCUAUGGGCAAAACCCGUGAGAAAGAAACAAGACGAAUAUCGCAAACAACUGGAAGUUUCCAUCACUCUUGUGAGGACUUGUGGAGGGAGGGGAGCCCAAGAAAGAACCUUGAUUCUCCAAAACAGAAGUUGAAUGUGGUCCACAUAAACAUAGAUGCUGACUAAAUAUUACUUUGGGUACUAA